CCCACCACCUUCCUGCUCUGCAACCACUCAUGGCUCCCGAUUGGCGUGCUCAGGAAACCUGAGGCGCAGGUCACUCGGCUCCCACCUGGCCACCUGCUUCUCUCCACGGCCCCGCGUUGACCUGCUCCCUGACACUGGAGGCUGUCCUGCACCUGUCCCCUGCUGUAGCGUUUCUCCUGUUGUUCACUCUGGGCAUGUCCUGCCCCCUCGUCCCUUCUUGGUCACUGCAGCCCACCUGCAGGCGCCCCGGUGAACUGCCACACUCUGCUGUCUCAGGGUGCGGCUCACCUCCUUAGGGACCACAUCGCAGGGUACAGCUGGGUUGCAGGGGCCUGCUGGGCGUUAGAAGGAAGCAAGGGGGGCCGAACAGGCCAACGAGGGCCACAGCCGGAUCAGAGCACGCCAGCCCAAGUGAGAGGAUUCCGUUCCAGCCGGAGAAGCCAGCUCCCUGCUGUGUGGCCUUGGGCAAGUCACCGAACGUCCCGCAGCUCGCCUGGCUUCCCUCCCACCCCGCAAAAAGCUUGUGGUGAGUCCCUUCCCUGUGGCCUUGGCUGGACAUCUCUCCUGAACAUCAAACAGACCUGCAGGUCCCGGCGGGACCCCUGCCUCUCUGAAUUACAGGGUGGUGACAAAGCCGAGCCGGGGCAGCCGCGGCUCAUUGAUUUGUGUGAGAAGCUGUUGGCUUUUGAAAUGAGACAGGAAAGAGGGUUGAGGCGGAGCCCUGCACAGGAAGAGGUGAGGAGCCCAGCUGCCGUGACAGCCGGUGGGCUUGGGGGACUGCAGGAGCCGGCAGGCCGGAGCCCCCCUGACCUGUGCAGUCAGUGCCUCCCCAUCCCUUCCAACAGGGCUUUGCUCCCGCCCCGCACAGAUCCCGAGGGCUCGGGGCCCAGCUGACCGGCCACAGAGAAUCUCAGGACAUCCUCGCCACCACGCAGCUGCCUCUGUCCCCUGGAGCAGGGCUGAGCCCGGGAGCACCAGGAUGGAGAACCCUCGGCCCCCCAGUCUCGGCAUCCCUAGGGAAAUGAGGUCUGGGAGACCCCUGGGCGAGGGAUGGCCGACCCCCACCCCCUGAGUUCGUGGGGCCCUGCCGGAGGAGCUGCUGUGGGCCGGACACCCCGCCCGCUGCAGGUCACAAAUGAGGACAGCACAGCACGAGGAGCUCAGGCGGCCUGCCCGGUGCCACACAGCCACUGCUGGCGGCCAUCGCGGACCCCAUGAGGAAGCAGGAGGUGCGGACCGGCGGGGAGGCAGGCCAGGGCCGAGGCCCCGGCUCCCCGGCUGGGCAAGUGAAAGCCCUCGUGGACCUGCUGGCCGGGAAGAGCAGUCAGGGCUCCCAGGCCCCAGAGCCCCUGGACAGGGUGCCACAGGCCCCCCUAGGGCCUCACGGUGACGACUCGAGGAUACAGAAGUGCCGGGAGGCUCUGCUGAACAGGGCGAGAGGCGGCCCCCCGCCCAGGCUGACCAGCCUCCUGCUGCUGGAGGGGCUGACAGACCUACAGCUGAGGGAACAUGACUUCACACAGGUGGAGACCACGCGUGGGGCCUGGCACCCGGCCAGGAGCCUCACCCUGGACAGACUCUUCCUGCCUCUGUCUCGGGUGUCUAUCCCCCCCCGAAUCUCCAUCACCAUCGGGGUAGCUGGCGUGGGCAAGACCACCCUGGUGAGGAACUUUGUCCAGCUCUGGGCCCGGGGACAGGUCGCCAAGGACUUCUCCCUGGUGCUCCCCUUGACCUUCCGAGAUCUCAACACCCACGAGAAGCUGUCUGCGGACAGACUAGUCCGCUCCGUCUUCUCGCACAUCGGGGAGUCCGGCCCGGCGGCGGCAGCCCCACCCAAAACCCUCCUGAUCCUGGAUGGCCUGGACGAGUGUAAGACGCCUCUGGACUUCUCAAACACCGUGGCCUGCACGGACCCCAAGAAGGAGAUCCAGGUGGACCAUCUGAUCACCAACAUCAUCCGGGGCAACCUAUUCCCAGAAGUCUCUGUCUGGGUCACUUCCCGCCCCAGUGUGGCCGGCCAGAUCCCGGGGGGCCUGGUAGACCGGAUGACAGAGAUCCGGGGCUUUGACGAGGAGGAGAUCAAGGCGUGUUUGGAGGAGAUGUUCCCCGAGGACCACACCCUCUCCGACUGGGUCCUGAGGCAGGUGCGGGCGGACAGGGCCCUGUACCUGAUGUGCACGGUCCCAGCCUUCUGCCGGAUUGCGGGGUCGGCCCUGGGUCACCUGCGCCACAGCGGGCCGGGGCCCCAGGACGCCGGGCAGCAGGCUCCGAGGACCCUGUGCGAGCUCUACUCUUGGUACUUCAGGAUGGCCCUCGGCGGGGACGGGCAGGAGAAGGGCAAGGAGAGCCCUCGCAUCGAGCAGGUGGCCCACAGCUGCCGCAAGAUGGUAGGCACUCUGGGGCGGCUGGCCUUCCACGGGCUGGUCAGGAAGAAGUACGUGUUCUACGAGCAGGACCUGAAGGCGUUUGGCGUGGAUCUCGCUCUGCUGCAGAGCGGCCUGUGCAGCCGCUUCCUGCAGCGGGAAGAGACGCUGGCCGCGUCGACGGCCUACUGCUUCACGCACCUGUCCCUGCAGGAGUUUGUGGCGGCCGUGUAUUACUACGCUGCCUCCAGGCGGGCUAUCUUCGACCUCUUCGCCGAGGGUGGCGUGUCCUGGCCCCGCCUCGGCUUCCUCACACACUUCAGGAGCGCGGCCCAGCGGGCCAUGCAGGCCGAGGACGGGCGGCUGGAUGUGUUCCUGCGCUUCCUCUCAGGACUCCUCUCCCCCGGUGUCAACGCCCUGCUGGCAGGCUCCCUGCUGGUGCAGGGGGAGCACCAGGGCUACGGGGCCCAGGCGGCCGAGCUCCUGCAGGGCUGCCUGCGCCCCGACGUGGCGGUGUGCGCCCGGGCCGUCAACGUCCUGCACUGCCUGCAUGAGCUGCGGCACACGGAGCUGGCCCGCAGCGUGGAGGAGGCCAUGCAGAGCGGCAGCCUGGCGGGGCUGACCGGCCCCCGGCACCACGCGGCCCUGGCCUACCUCCUGCAGGUGUCAGACGCCUGCGUCCAGGAAGCCAACCUGUCCCUGUGCCUCAGCAAGGGAGUCCUCCAGAGCCUGCUGCCCCAGCUGCUCUACUGCCGGAGCCUGAGGCUGGACAACAACCAGUUCCAGGACCCCGUGAUGGAGCUGCUGGGCAGCGUGCUGAGCGGGAAGGACUGUCGCAUUCAGAGGAUCAGCUUGGCUGAGAACCAGAUCAGUAACAAAGGGGCCAAAGCUCUGGCCAGAUCCCUCCUGGUCAACAGAAGUCUGACUGCUCUGGACCUCCGCAGUAACUCCAUCGGACCUCAAGGGGCCAAGGCUCUGGCAGAUGCUCUGAAGAUUAACCGCACUCUGGCCUUUUUGAGCCUCCAGAACAAUGCCAUCAGGGAUAACGGUGCCAGGUUUGUGGCUGAGGCCUUGGCCGCCAACCGGACCCUCUCUGUGCUACACCUGCAGAAGAAUACCAUCGGGCCUCUGGGAGCCCAGCAGACGGCAGAUGCCCUGAAGCAGAACAGGAGUCUGAAGGAGCUCAUAUUCUCCAGUAACAGCAUUGGUGAUAAAGGUGCCGAGGCCCUGGCUAAGGCCCUGAAGGUGAACCAGGGCCUGGAGAGCCUGGACCUGCAGAGCAAUUCCAUCAGUGAUGCAGGUGUGGCGGCGCUGAUGGGGGCCCUCUGCACCAACCAGACCCUCAUCAGCCUCAACCUGCGAGAAAACUCCAUCAGCUCAGAGGGAGCCCGGGACCUGGCUCAAGCUCUCUGCAGCAACAGCACCCUGAAAAAUCUGGACCUGACAGCCAACCUCCUCCACGACCAGGGCGCCCAGGCCAUCGCACUGGCAGUGAGAGAAAACCGGGCCCUCACAUCCCUCCACCUGCAGUGGAACUUCAUCCAGGCCGGUGCGGCCAAGGCCCUGGGACAAGCACUACAACUCAACCGGAGCCUGACCAGCCUCGAUUUGCAGGAGAACGCCAUCGGGGACGAGGGCGCCUCCGCACUGGCCAGCGCACUAAAGGCCAACACGGCCCUCACCGCUCUCUAUCUGCAGGUGGCCUCCAUUGGUGCCCGGGGGGCCCAGGCGCUAGGGGAUGCCCUGGCUGUGAACAGGACCUUGGAGAUUCUCGACUUAAGAGGAAAUGCCAUCGGGGUGGCCGGAGCCAAAGCCCUGGCAAAUGCUCUGAAGGUCAACUCAAGUCUCCGAAGACUCAAUCUUCAAGAGAAUUCCUUGGGGAUGGAUGGGGUGAUCUGCGUUGCCACGGCACUCUCUGGGAACCACGGCCUCCAGCACAUCAACCUCCAGGGAAAUCACAUUGGGGAGUCUGGCGCCAGGAUGAUCUCGGAGGCUAUCAAGACCAACGCUCCUUCGUGCACUGUUGAAAUGUGAGCGCAAACAUGCCUGGUGGAUCAGGC